CUCCCCCCGGCCUGUUCUACUCCUGCCAGUUCUGUCUAGAAAGCAGCACAGCAGCUGAAGCAGCUUAGAGUGAAGCACCAAGCUGACAGGGAAAGGCCACCGCAGGAUCUUGAAUACAAACCAAAUAAUCGCACCUCGUCGCUAUGGACCUUUUCGAUCUGGACGCAAGAGAGUAUGACAUUGGGCCAGAGUACUUUGCGGCCUCGCUCUCCGCCCUCCCGCUCGACGACCACCGUCCGCGGUCGUUUGAUAGCUACCCUUCGUCUAUGAGCUGGAACGCCUACUCGCCGCUGCAGGACCCGCUGGAUCCUCUGGCGACGCCGAUACUGCUGGAUCAGUUCAAUGCGUUCCCCUCGCCCGCGACGCCGGUCUACGUCUCGCAGCAGUCGCUGCCCACGCCGGCGCUGUCAACCACUGCGCCGUCACUACUACACGUCGUGUCGCCGCAGGGCCAUGUGAUCUUCGCGUCGCAGACAGUCACAGAAGUGCUCGGCUACUCGCCGGCCGAGUUUGUGGGCAAGCACCUGAGCGAGUACGUGGCCGCGGACGACUACAAGCAGCUCGCGCGGGAACUGAACCGGGCGGUGUCGUCGUCGACGAUGAGUACGAACGAGGACCUGUUUACGCGCGCGUCGCGCGAGAAGAUCUCGGAUUCGGCGCGCGUGCUGUUGACGUGUCGCUUGAUUUGCAAGGACGGGCAUCAGCUGCUUGUCCAGAUCAGCGGGCACGCGUCGUUUUCAAACUCGGCUUCGUCGUCGUCGUCGUCGUCGGCGGCUUAUGGGUCGUACCAUUCGGCGUCAUACUCGCCCGGAGCGGACUCGAACGAUGAUAGUUCGGUGGAUAGUAACAGCUCGGAUGAUUAUCGCCAGUUUGGAAGGCUGAAUUCGUUGGUGGUUAAUACGCCGGCGUCGAGUUUGCUGGGGGAGUUUAAAGGGUUUGUGCUUACUGCGCGGCCGUACUCCAGCGUAUUAAGCAGCAGCAGCAACAAUAACAGCAACAGCAACAGCAACAGCAGCAGCAACACAACAGCAGCCUCACUCGCGCUAGACUCAUUUCUCGACCACAAGAUUGAAAAUCUGCGGGUAAAGCAAGUUCUCGACAGCGUGCGCGCAAACAAGACGAGCAUCCAGGUGCCGAGCAUGAUUCCCGAGGAACUUCCGUCGUCUGAUUUCUCGAUGCUGACGAAUUUUGCGGCGGCGGCAGCGCCGACGGCGACGCAUUCGCGGCGACAUUCGGCGGGGGAUGUGCUGGGGAGCUCGCAGAUUAGGCUGGGGCCUAGUAUUGCGGGGGAUUAUCUGGGUUCAGGGUUACCGCGGUCGAAGAGUAUCAGCACUACAGAUCACCGGAUUGCAAAGAAGCAGAGACUGAUGGACGACAAGGACUACAAAUGCAAGCAAUGUGGGACGUUUGACAGCCCAGAAUGGCGGAAGGGACCAGAAGGACCAAAGACGCUGUGCAAUGCGUGCGGGCUGCGGUGGUCAAAGAGCAUGAAGCGGUCAAAGCUGAGCGGGAUGCCACCAAAAUAGGAUGAGGGUGUUGAACGUGGUCGGGGAAAUGAAUUGGAUGUUUGGAGGGGAGGAGGAGGUGGAGGUGGGGAAGGCGGGGGUGGGUGGAACCCGCGCGGCGAGGAGGAGAGGAGACUUACACGCUGUACAUUUACUAACUGACUAUUUCGACGA